UGAGAUCAGUGUAAGAUGCUUUCUUGUCCGGCCAUUGGAAUUUUCACGGUGGCUGAGGGAUAAUCAUAGCAUCUCAAACCAUGUCUACACUCCUCUCAUUGGCUAAUUGAGAACUUGAUUCAAGUUGUGGAGAAGCGGUGACCACCCAAAGUUCUUCAGAGAGUCUGUUCCAUUUCCUGAAAGAAUUAGGUGGGCUGACAAACCGAUUCUUCUGUGAGUCUGCUAUAGUUAGGAAUGGGUCCUGAUUCUAGGAAAAGGAUUGCAAAUGCCUUCCGUGCUACCAAGGUUCUCGGGAUAUCUGAAGAAAAGGUGAAGCCUGUAUUGAAGCGUCUUUUAAAGUUGUAUAAUAAAAACUGGGAUCUCAUUGAGGAGAAUUAUAGAUCCCUUUUGGAUGCAAUUUUUGAGUAUGAGGAAGCUGAGGAAGCAAGACGCGCAAAAUCUUCUAUCUGUGCUGCACAGGAAUGUGCUUUGGAGGAAGACGAGGUUUUGAAUGAAGAGCCCGAGAGACCAUUAAAAAGAUUUCGUUUGAGGCAGCAAGAUGGUCAACCAUCACCGUCUAGCCUUGGUGGGACUUCACGGACAAGGCACGAUGAUGGUGGGGAUGCACUUCUUCAGGGACCACCUCAGCCAUGUGAUGGACAAAUGGAUCUUAAAAGCAAGGGCAAACAGCGUCUUUCAGCCAAUCCACAGUCACCCAAUAAGAGCGUUGGUGGUCAUUUACUGGUCAAGCCUAAUAAUGAGCCAGGGUCAUCAGCAAAUAAAGGUGGAACUUCAAAUGCGACAGACAAAUCUUGCAGCUUAGAGAUAGCUUCACUGACUUGUGCAGAUGUAAAAGCGAGCCUGAACUGCAACACUGCCUUUGGAAUACCCAACUUCCAGAUGCCUAGCUUAGAUGCAGUAGUGAAAAUGUUGGAUGAUACGUAUCAUAAAAGGUACAGAGAUCUUGACACCCAGCUUUCCGUGAUAAAAGUGAUGGAGGAUGUUUGCCAGUGUUUUUUGCAGUUGGCUGCUCAAUCUUCUAUUAAUAAUCACUCUGCAAAUGAGUAGGAGUGGUUAAUUUGAACUGGAAUAAAUAAAACAGAUUUUACUUAUUACCAUUAUUUAAUACUACCUACUAUUUUAAUCGGCUGUAUGUCUUGCUGAAAACAUGGC